AUGGGUUUUUGGGUCUUUGACCGGGUGGCUGACGGCUUCCUCUUUCGCGGACGACGACAGCUCUCAAGACUCCACCAACGGAAUGCGAUGUUGGAUGCCAAUGGGAUGCCUCUUACAGGCGAUCUUGCGGCAGAGGCCACUACAUGGCGUUCACAACACGCGUUCAGUGGUCGAUGCGGUCUUAGUGUGAAAAGGUCACCAGAGCCACAUGACAACAGAGAUGAGGCGCGCCGUAAUGGGGGUGGCGAUGUGCCGCACCCCGAGAAAAUGUUACCAUCUUAUGAGUGCAUAAUUUCCCGGUCCCCAAAUGAUUACCGUGCGUGGGCAGUUGACUUUCACCUGCAGUCCACCAGUGAGGAUCCUCAUGUGCUUCUCUCCGUUGCGCCUUAUUAUGCCCCUUUGCAAAGCAACUUUGUAGAGGGCGGUAGAUCGUGGCACCCACCAACGACAGAGGAACAAGAAAUGUACGAUAAACGUAUGCUUGAAACUCCACUUAUUUGGGAAGAGCCCAUGACGCUUUCACUGGACUGCACAAAUAGCGGUAUGUUCCUCUGGAGUGAAGAGUGGAAAAUAUUCGGGGAAAAAAUAGCUGACAACUGUUUCUCGCGUAGAAGUCAAAGUCGUGGUGGGGAUGACAGUGUGGACCAAAUGGGUGGUGUGUCGGGAGUUAGGGAAGGACCUUACGAGGCCUUUGUGCGACUCAGUUGGCGUAUGAUGUCAGCAGGCGAAAAUGACAUGUAUGGUGGAGAAAAACGAUCAUUGAGCGAUGCGUCUGUACGCAAUAUUAUUGUUGGUCCGUGUCAAGGGGAAAUGACUGUUUUUCUCCGCACGAGCAGCUCGGAUCAAGAGGAGGGGGAUGUGUCAGUGCCGCGGCAAAUCAAUGGGACUGGGAAUGUGGGGGCGCAUGGCGGUGAGAGUGUGAGCAGUGGGGUGCAAGUGUGGAAACGGGCUGGUGGACGUGCCGUGUUGGGAGAUGAUAUUCCAAAUGAAAUAUAUUUUACUCCGUAUGUGACACUUAUGGAUGCUGGUGACGAAGCAAUUCUCCUGUGA